UCUGCUGGUCUAAGCUACAGCAGGUCAACAUAUUCAGCGCAAGAGGCGGGCCCAUUUGCUGGGAAGAUGAGCUGUGGACUCAGUGCUGCUCCGUGAUUUCAUCGAAGAGGAGCUCUCUGACCGCCUCACACACAGACAUGGUGACACGUGGAUUUCUGCGAGUGAGAGGAGCCUCCGUUCAGCGGGAGGAUUAACAGGUCGUCGCAUGGGUGUGUAUCGGCGUCCCGGGACACGGCAAUGCGCUCUUUAAAGGAAACGGGUUUCCCAGACAUCCGGAAAACGCAUCCAUGCGCCACGGCUAGUCCGCAUCCCGAUAUGCCUCUGACAACACAAAGCCUGGGUCCAAGGAGCUCCCAUAAGAAACCACACAUGCAAAUCGGCAUGGGUGCGUCAACACGGUUAAUUCGCUAUAUUUGCGGAUGAAGGCGUUGGAGCUGUGCAAUGAGACAAUCGGGAAUUGUCAAGUAGACUUUAUUGAUAGGCUGCGUAAUUCGACAAUAUGGCUGAUCAGAGCAACAUCCAGUCCGCCGCCUCCAAGAGUAUCCGGCCUUUUAAAUCCAGCGAGGAGUACCUGUACGCCAUGAAGGAGGAUCUGGCGGAAUGGCUGAACACCCUCUAUGAUCUGGAUAUCUCUGCAGAUUCCUUCAUGGAGGGGCUGGGGACCGGCUGUGCUCUGUGUCGGCACGCCAACAACGUGAACCGCGCCGCGCAGGAUUUCCAGCUGGAGUACCCGGAGGCUGCUCACUCCAUGAAGCUGCCCUCCAAAGAUGUGGGCUUCCAGUCACGCAAUGUGGUCGCCGGCUCGUUUGUGGCGCGGGAUAACGUGUCCAACUUCAUCAGCUGGUGCAGGCAGGAGCUCUGGAUCAAGGACGUCCUCAUGUUUGAGACCAACGACCUGGUGGAGAGAUGCAACGAGAAGAAUUUUGUUCUGUGUCUGCUCGAGGUGGCGCGACGCGGGGCCAAGUUCGGCAUGUUGGCCCCCAUGUUGAUCCAGCUGGAGGAGGAGAUCGAGGAGGAGAUCCGGGACCAGGAGAGCCUGCGGAUCGAUGUCGAGGAGCCGGCUGAGCAGAGCCCGCCCAGCAGGUGCUUCAGUCGGAAGGAGAGCAGUCAGAGUAGCAGUCUGAGUGUGGAGCAAGAAGAGGAGCCGGAGCCAGAGCCCAUCAUCUGGCCGCAGAAGAGGGUGCUGUGUGACAUGAGAAACUUGGAUGAGUUGGUGCGUGAGAUUCUGGGUCGUUGUUCCUGUCCAGCUCAGUUUCCUAUGAUCAAGGUGUCGGAGGGGAAGUACAAAGUGGGAGACUCCAGUGCGCUGAUCUUCAUCAGGGUAGGUCCUCACCAUACCGAUCAGAAAUAUCUGUCACUGUGA